AUGAAGCUAAAACGCCUGGAGGACGAUCGCAGAGUUAGCACAAAUAGCACUAACAGCAGUAGCUAUGCGAGUUGUAAGACCUAUAAGAAAGACUCUGCUAAAAGCAACGCUUCUUCUCAUACGUACCUGGACAUUGAUCAGUGUAUCCAUCGUAUCGAACUUGAAAGAUGCAACAGCAUUGCUACAGAAGCUUCUUUUUCCGACGGAGCUCAUCGGAGGACUGAGGACACAGAUGUACAAGGAAUUCGAAAAGAAAGUGCAAACACUGUUCCAAUAAUACAAUACCAGAUGGAACUUCCUAAAAAGACAGGUCGACACGCAAAGAAGUACAUGGUCAUAUUCUGUAUGAUCUUGGUAUGUGCUAUUUUAUCAGCAGCCAUUGCAAGUGUUUUCAGCACAAAAUCUCUAAGAAAUAGUCUGCCCUCUGAUGUUGAAGAACAAUUAAGUAGCGGAAACUUCCUACCGCAAGCUCUCUUCAACGUUAGCAACGAGAGAGUGAUGGCACGUAUAGAUGGAUUACAAACUAAGGUUCAAAGAUUUGCCAACGACACAAAAAUUACCAAUCAAAACCACUUUGAAAGUUUUCCAAAUAAGAAAGAUAUGGAAGAUUUUUCAAAUAAGACAAAGAUGAGCAUCGAUUUGCUCCUACAAACUUUACCAAACAAAACAGGAUGUAAAACUGAUUGCCGUAAUGAACGCAAUGGAGAUUACCAGUCAUGUUACACAUUCUUUCAUAUAUGUUUAGGGCAAUGUAGUGACCUGUAG